CAAUGAGAUAACUCUAUAUGAUAUGGAGAGUGGAGACCUCCUGCAUUGCCGAUGACGGCACGCAUGACGGUUGCAACAUUGCUGAUGACGGCAGGCAUGACGGCGGGCAUAUAAAUAUAUAUAUACACACACAUUUAACCACGUGUCCCUCUCUUCGCCGUUGAAGCUCGCCGGCGGCAUUCAUCGCUUAUCUCGUCAGUCACUGAAAUCCAUACAACUGAAUCACCUAUGACUAUGACUUGUGAUGCUGGCAAGGAGAAUUGCAUUGGGUGGGCAGCAAGGGAUCCAUCUGGAUUCCUAUCACCAUACCAAUUUAACCGCAGGGAGGUUGGAGCUGAUGAUGUUUCACUAACCAUCCUUUACUGUGGAGUCUGUUAUGCGGAUGUUGCAUGGACUAGGAAUGUACAAGGCCACUCCAAAUAUCCUCUUGUACCUGGUCACGAGAUUGUUGGAAUAGUCAAAGAGGUCGGGUCAAACGUUGAACGUGUCAAAAUUGGAGAUCAUGUGGGAGUGGGUACUUACGUAAAUUCUUGUAGAGAGUGCGAGUAUUGUGAUGAAGGGCUUGAAGUCCAAUGCAUAAAGGGAGCAGUCUACACAUUUGAUGGGAUUGACACUGAUGGGAGUGUAACUAAAGGAGGAUAUUCAUCAUAUUAUGUUGUUCACCAAAGAUAUUGCUAUAGAAUACCGGAAAACUACCCGUUAGCUUCUGCAGCUCCAUUGCUAUGUGCUGGAAUUACGGUUUGGACCCCGAUGAUGCGCCAUAACAUGAACCAGCCUGGCAAGUCUCUAGGAGUGAUCGGGCUUGGUGGUCUUGGACACAUGGCUGUAAAGUUUGGUAAGUCGUUUGGGUUGAAAGUAACAGUUUUCAGCACAAGUUUGUCAAAGAAAGAUGAAGCGCUCAAUCUUCUAGGAGCCGAUAACUUCAUCAUCUCCAGCAAUGAUGAGGAGAUGAAGGCAAUGGAGAAGUCACUUGACUUUGUAAUCAACACCGCUUCUGCAGACAUCCCAUUUGAUCGAUACUUGGCACUAUUGAAGAGUGGGGGUGUAUUAUCCUUGGUGGGGUUCCCAAGUGAAGUUAAAUUCCUACCCAUAAACCUAAUUCUAGGAAUGAGAAGCAUCGCGGGGAGUGUGACAGGUGGCACGAAACAAACUCAGGAAAUGUUGAACUAUUGUGCAGCCCAUGAGAUCUACCCUAAUAUAGAGAUUGUCCCGAUUCAGUAUGCGAAUGAGGCUCUUGAGAGGUUAAUUAACAAAGAUAUCAAGUAUCGUUUUGUUAUCGAUGUUGGAAACUCCCUCAAGUAACACCAUAUCAUGAAAGUACUUACUAUACUUUAAAAAUUCAUGUUUAAACACCACACCUAUGUUAGUAUAAGUUUAGGCUAAAAUAAGGGAACCAUAUUUUGCAUGCGUGUCCUAAAAAAUAUAAACAGAAAACAGGCGUUUAGUCUUACUUUUUUGUAUGAUUUGCCAAUGUGGCUAUGAAUGUGAGCUUUCGUAA